AUGGACCAAGCUUCCAAUCGUUCUUCCUCCAAUUUGCUUACACCGCUAGUGACAAGGCGUAGUCGCUUCUCUAGCUUACGCCGCUAUGCAUUUAUGCCGCCAAGUGGAAAUUCCACACUCAAUGAGGAAGCCGAGAUGGAGACGAAUGGACAGACUGCCAACAGUCAGAUGAAUACAGGGCUGAACAAAGGGAAGCUGGUUUCCACCAAAACCACUCAUUCUUCCCCUAAUAGAGCCUAUCUUCGUCCAGGAAAUGGAGUUUGCUCGUUUUCUGCUGGCAAAGUGUAUAAUAUGGCUAGAGUUCUCGAUGCAAACCGAAUUGAAAAGUUAAAGCUAAUAGUUCAAGAGUUUGAAAUGGUAUGCGUUCUUAAAAGUUAA